GUGACAUCAUGGGACAGAGCUCUUCCUCCUUUACACUACAACUCAGAGGACAGGCAGGCACAGCCAGGGGUGUACUGCGCUAGGUUUAGAAUCUAUUUCAUAACCUUCAACAAGUCAAUGCAAUGGCACCCUUAAUGUUUAAAGAUGCUUUUUGGGGAAGCGAUUUGACUAACCAUGCCGGCUAUGAAGUCAUUAUCCAUAGGCUAAAGGAUGGAAAGCAAAUGUGCAAAGAUGUAGAGGAACUUUUUAAAAUGAGGGCAUUGGCAGAGGAGAAGUAUGGGAAAGAACUAGUGACCAUCUCAAAAAAAGCUGGAGGCCUCACAGAGAUUGGAACUCUCAGGGCAUCAAUGGAGCAGCUUAAAACACAAAUUGAGAACAUUGGGAACUUUCACAUUCAGCUUUCUGAAAUUUUGAAAGAGGAGGCAAAAAAGAUUGAGACAUUCAGAGAACGGCAAAAAGAGCAGAGGAAAAAGUUUGAAAGCAUCAUGGAGAAGGUUCAUAAGAAAAAGGUUUCUUUAUUCAGAAAGGCAAUGGAGUCCAAAAAGUGCUAUGAGCUGAGGUGCAAAGAAGCUGACGAGGCUGAACAAAAUGCUGAACGAAACACAACUGCAGGCAAAAAUGCAGAGAAGGUUCGCCACAAAGCAAAGAACUUCAGACAGGCAGCCAAUGAUGCUGAGAAGGUUUAUUUGACCAACAUUGUGCACCUAGAGUCAGUACGACAGGACUGGGAGGAAACACACAGAAGCACGUGUGAGGUGUUUCAGCAACUGGAGGGAGACCGCAUCAGCACACUCAGGUGUGCGCUAUGGGACCACUGCAAUCACUUUUCAGCACAGUGUGUCAAAGACGAUGACCUGUAUGAGGAGGUCAGAAAGUGCCUAGAGGAGUGUGACAUCGCUAAAGAUUUAAACACAUUCAUAGAGGCGAACACAACUGGUUGGACGCCACCUGGACCCGUGGUCUUUGAAAACUACUACCCAGCAGACAUUGGCAGAAGUAGAAACGGAAAUGCACAUUUGGAUGCCGGAGAACAGAACAAUGCACCUGCUACAACAAGAUGGAGCUGUACCCCACAGCUUGAUAGAACUACAUCGACUGAUGAAGAAAGUGCUCGAAAUUCGCGGUUAACGCUGACAUCAAGUGGUGAAAUUGACAUUUUAGAAAGUGGUGGUUAUGCCCCUUUACCACUAUUUGAACAAAACACAUCUACAGCAACUGAAACAGCAGAUACAGACAGAUGGAUUGUCCUAUAUACCUAUAUUGCACAGGAAACAGAUGAGAUGUCCAUCAGAAGAGGAGAAGUAGUCCAAGUGUUGGAGCGAGGGGAGGAUGGCUGGUGGACAGUGGACAGGGAUGGACAGUGUGGAUUGGUACCAGGGAACUAUCUGAACAAAAUUUGAACUAGACAUCAUAAAUGGCGAUGCAGUCUG